ACUUAAUGUUAGAUCCCUCACUUCAAAGGCAGUUAUAGUCAAUGAACUAAUCACUGAUCAUAAUCUUGAUGUGAUUGGCCUGACUGAAACAUGGCUUAAGCCUGAUGAAUUUACUGUGUUAAAUGAGGCCUCACCUCCUGGUUACACUAGUGACCAUAUCCCCCGUGCAUCCCGCAAAGGCGGAGGUGUUGCUAACAUUUACGAUAGCAAAUUUCAAUUUACAAAAAAAAAAAAAGAUGACUUUUUCGUCUUUUGAGCUUCUAGUCAUGAAAUCUAUGAAGCCUACUCAAUCACUUUUUAUAGCCACUGUUUAUAGGCCUCCUGGGCCAUAUACAGCGUUCCUCUCUGAGUUCCCUGAAUUCCUAUCAGACCUUGUAGUCAUAGCAGAUCAUAUUCUAAUUUUUGGUGAUUUUAAUAUUCAUAUGGAGAAGUCCACAGACCCACUCCAAAAGUCUUUCGGAGCCAUCAUCGACUCAGUGGGUUUUGUCCAACAUGUCUCUGGACCUACUCACUGCCACAGUCAUACUCUGGACUUAGUUUUGUCCCAUGGAAUAAAUGUUGUAGAUCUUAAUGUUUUUCCUCAUAAUCCUGGACUGUCGGACCACCAGUUUAUUACGUUUGCAAUCGCAACAAAUAAUCUGCUCAGACCCCAACCAAGGAUCAUCAAAAGUCGUGCUAUAAAUUCUCAGACAACACAAAAAUUCCUUGAUGCCCUUCCAGACUCCUUCUGCCUACCCAACGACGUCAGAGGACGAAAAUCAGUUAACCACCUAACUGAGGAACUCAAUUUAACCUUGCGCAAUACCCUAGAUGCAGUUGCACCCCUAAAAACGAAAAACAUUUGUCAUAAGAAACUAGCUCCCUGGUAUACAGAAAAUACCCGAGCUUUGAAGCAAGCUUCCAGAAAAUUGGAACGGAAAUGGCGCCACACCAAACUGGAAGUCUUCCGACUAGCUUGGAAAGACAGUACCGUGCAGUACCGAAGAGCCCUCACUGAAAGAGCCCUCACUGCUGCUCGAUCAUCCUACUUUUCCAACUUAAUUGAGGAAAAUAAGAACAAUCCAAAAUUUCUUUUUGAUACUGUUGCAAAGCUAACUAAAAAGCAGCAUUCCCCAAGAGAGGAUGGCUUUCACUUCAGCAGUAAUAAAUUCAUGAACUUCUUUGAGGAAAAGAUCAUGAUCAUUAGAAAGCAAAAUAUGGACUCCUCUUUAAAUCUGCGUAUUCCUCCAAAGCUCAAUUGUCCUGAGUCUGCACAACUCUGCCAGGACCUAGGAUCAAGGGAGACACUCAAGUGUUUUAGUACUAUAUCUCUUGACACAAUGAUGAAAAUAAUCAUGGCCUCUAAACCUUCUAGCUGCAUACUGGAUCCUAUUCCUACUAAACUACUGAAAGAGCUGAUUCCUGUGCUUGGCCCUCAUAUGUUGAACAUAAUAAACGGCUCUCUAUCCACCGGAUGUGUACCAAACUCACUAAAAGUGGCAGUAAUAAAGCCUCUCUUAAAAAAGCCAAACCUUGACCCGGAAAAUAUAAAGAACUAUCGGCCUAUAUCGAAUCUUCCAUUCCUCUCAAAAAUUUUAGAAAAAGCUGUUGCGCAGCACUCACUGCCUUCCUGAAGACAAACAAUGUAUACGAAAUGCUUCAGUCUGGUUUUAGACCCCAUCAUAGCACUGAGACUGCACUUGUGAAGGUGGUAAAUUACCUUUUAAUGGCGUCAGACCGAGGCUCUGCAUCUGUCCUCGUGCUACUAGACCUUAGUGCUGCCUUUGACACCAUCGAUCACCACAUUCUUUUGGAGAGACUGGAAACCCAAAUUGGUCUACACGGACAAGUUCUGGCCUGGUUUAGAUCUUACCUGUCGGAAAGAUAUCAGUUUGUCUCUGUGAAUGGUUUGUCCUCUGACAAAUCAACUGUACAUUUCGGUGUUCCUCAAGGUUCCAUUUUAGGACCACUAUUGUUUUCACUAUAUAUUUUACCUCUUGGGGAUGUUAUUCGAAAACAUAAUGUUAACUUUCACUGCUAUGCGGAUGACACACAGCUGUACAUUUCAAUGAAACAUGGUGAAGCCUCAAAAUUGCCCUCGCUAGAAGCCUGUGUUUCAGACAUAAGGAAGUGGAUGGCUGAAAACUUUCUACUUUUAAACUCGGACAAAACAGAGAUGCUUGUUCUAGGUCCCAAGAAACAAAGAGAUCUUCUGUUAAAGCUGACAAUUAAUCUUGAUGGUUGUAAAGUCGUCUCAAAUAAAGCUGUGAAGGACCUCGGCGUUACUCUGGACCCUGAUCUCUCUUUUGACGAACAUAUCAAGACUGUUUCAAGGACAGCUUUUUUCCAUCUACGUAACAUUGCAAAAAUCAGAAAUGUUCUGUUCAAAAAUGAUGCAGAAAAAUUAAUCCAUGCAUUUGUUACUUCUAGGUUAGACUACUGCAAUGCUCUACUUUCCGGCUACCCGGAUAAAGCACUAAAUAAACUUCAGUUAGUGCUAAAUACGGCUGCUAGAAUCCUGACUAGAACCAAGAAAUUUGAUCAUAUUACUCCAGUGCUAGCCUCCCUACACUGGCUUCCUGUUAAGGCAAGGGCUGAUUUUAAGGUUUUACCGUUAACCUAUAAAGCGUUACAUGUACUUGCUCCUACCUAUCUUUCCGAGUUGGUCCUGCCGUACAUACCUACACGUACGCUACGGUCACAAGACGCAGGCCUCCUAAUUGUCCCUAGAAUUUCUAAGCAAACAGCGGGAGGCAGGGCUUUCUCCUAUAGAUCUCCAUUUUUAUGGAAUAGUCUGCCUACCCAUGUGAGAGACGCAGACUCGGUCUCAACCUUUAAGUCUUUACUGAAGACUUAUCUCUUCAGUAGGUCAUAUGAUUGAGUGUAGUCUGGCCCAGGAGUGUGAAGGUGAACGGAAAGGCUCUGGAGCAACGAACCGCCCUUGCUGUCUCUGCCUGGCCGGUUCCCCUCUCUCCACUGGGAUUCUCUGCCCCUAACCCUAUUACAGGGGCUGAGUCACUGGCUUACUGGUGCUCUUUCAUGCUGUACCUAGGAGGGGUGCGUCACUUGAGUGGGUUGAGUUACUGACGUGAUCUUCCUGUGUGGGUUGGCGCCCCCCCCUGGUUUGUGCUGUGGUGGAGAUCUUUGUGGGCUAUACUCGGCCUUGUCUCAGGAUUGUAAGUUGGUGGUUGAAGAUAUCCCUCUAGUGGUGUGGGGGCUGUGCUUUGGCAGAGUGGGUGGGGUUAUAUCCUUCCUGUUUGGCCCUGUCCGGGGGUAUCAUCGGAUGGGGCCACAGUGUCUCCUGACCCCUCCUGUCUCAGCCUCCAGUAUUUAUGCUGCAGUAGUUUAUGUGUCGGGGGGCUAGGGUCAGUUGGUUAUACCUGGAGUACUUCUCCUAUCUUAUCCAGUGUCCUGUGUGAAUUUAAGUAUGCUCUCUCUAAUUCUCUCGUUCUCUCUUUCUUUCUCUCUCUCGGAGAACCUGAGCCCUAGGACCAUACGUCACGGCAAACCGGGCAUGAUGACUCCUUGCUUUCCCCAGUCCACCUGGCCUUGCUGCUGUUCCAGUUUCAACUGUUCUGCCUGCUGUUAUGGAACCCCUACCUGUCCCAGACCUGCUGUUUUCAAUUCUUAAUGAUCGGCUAUGAAAAGCCAACUGACAUUUAUUCCUGAUUAUUAUUUGACCAUGCUUGUCAUUUAUGAACAUUUUGGCCUUUCUAGGGAGUUUUUCCUAGCCACCGUGCUUCUACACCUGCAUUGCUUGCUGUUUGGGGUUUUAGGCUGGGUGUCUGUACAGCACUUCGAGAUAUUAGCUGAUGUACGAAGGGCUAUAUAAAAUAAACUUGAUUUGAAUGACAAUGCCACCAGCCGUACUGCUCGUUCUGUGCGUGAUUUCCUGCAAGACGGGAAUGUCAGUGUUCUACUAUGGCCAGCGAAGAGCCCGGAUCUCAAUCUCAUUGAGCACAUCUGGGACCUAUUGGAUCGGAGGGUGAGGGCUAGGGCCAUUCCCCCCAGAAAUGGCUGGGAAUUUGCAGGUGCCUUGGUGGAAGAGUGGGGUAACAUCUCACAGCAAGAACUGGCAAAUCUGGUGCAGUCCAUGAGGAGGAGAUGCACUGCAGUACUUAAUGCAGCUGGUGGCCACACCAGAUACUGAUACUGUUACUUUUAAUUUUGACAUAACAUUUGAGGACAUAACUUUUUUGCUGAGUUUACGUACAGGCACUGUGGUGAUGUUGUCCGCGAUGCACUUAUUGAUAAAGCCCAGUGACUGAUGUGGUGUACUCCUCAAUGUGAUCGGAAGAAUCCCAGAACAUAUUCCAGUCUGUUCUUGUAAAACAGUCCUGUAGUUCAGCAUCUGCUUCAUCUGACCACUUUUUUAUAGACCGAGUCACUGGUGCUUUCUGCUUUAAUUUUAGCUUGUAAGCAGGAAUCAGGAGGAUAGAAUUAUGGUCAGAUUUGCCAAAUGGAGGGAGAGGGAGAGCUUUGUACGUGUCUCUGUGUGUGGAGUAAAGGUGGUCCAGAAUUUUUUCCCCCUCUGUUUGCACAUUUAACAUACUGAUUGAAAUUAGGUAAAACUGAUUUGUUUCCCUGCGUUAACGUCGCCGCCACUAGGAGCGCCGCCUCUGGAUGAGUGUUUUCCUGUUUGUUUAUGGCAGUAUACAGCUCAUUGAGCACGGCUUUAGUGCCAACAUCGGUCUGUGGUGGUUUGUAGACGGCUACGAAAAAUACAGAUAAACUCUCUAGGUAGAUAGAGUAUCUCAUUAUAAGCUGUAGACCACACUACCUCAGGCGAGCAAAACCUUGAGACUUCCUUAGAUAUCGUGCACCAGCUGUUGUUCAUAUAUAUGCAUAGGCCCUCGCUCCGUGUCUUACCAGAGGCUGCUGUUCUGUCCUGCCGAUGGAGUGUAUAACCCGCCAGCUGUAUGUUCUUAACUUCGUCGUUCAGCCACGACUCGGUGAAACAUAAGAUAUUACAGUUUUUAAUGUCCCGUUUGGAGGAUAUACGUGCUUUCAGCUCUUCCUAUUUAUUUUCCAGCGAUUGAACAUUAGCUAGCAGGAUGGAAGGCAAGGGCAGAUUAGCCAUUCGUCGCCUGAUCCUCACAAGGCACCUGGAUCUUUUUCCACAAAAUCUCUGUUUCCUUCUCCAACGAAUCAAUGGGAUCUGGCCCUGGUCGGGUGUCUGUAUCACAUCUCUCCCGUCUGACUCAUUGAAGAUGAACUCUUUGUCCAGUUUGAGGUGAGCAAUCGCAGUUCUGAUGUCCAGAUGCUCUUUUCGGUCAUAAGAGACGGUAGAAGCAACAUUAUGUACAAAACAAGUUACGAACAACGCAAGAAAACAAACAAAAUAUCAUGGUUGGUUAAGAGCCGAUAAGACGGCAACCUUCCCCUCCGGCGCCAUCACUACCAAGCCCAAACUGAGGGAGGACCCAGUUGACUAUUGGAUCAGGCUCAACAAAGUAGCAGAUUUAGCUGAUGACGGUUUACGCAGACAGGGUGGGAGGAUGGAAAACUUAGGUCAGCAAGUGGCCCACGUUUGUGAAACAUUCCCCUGAUCCUGAGCUCUCCUGCAGGUUCAGCUACAAAGUACUUCAUAAGUGGAGCUCCAGAGAUGUUCAGGUGAGGAUAGACGUGUACCAGAGGGAACAGAGAGCCUUAAUGAAACAAAGCAGUGUUACACAACUGAAGAGUCAUGCCACUGCUCUGCACGACAUUGUCCGUGUCACACAACCAAGUUAACAAUGAAAAAUGUAAUGCCUCACACUCCUCUUUUGCUCCUGUUACUACUCAAAGUCAACAGUAUCACGUUCCACAUACUUCCGUAACUCCUGCCUUGGUUCAACAUGCACAGCAGCAUUCAGAUGAGAGGAUGAUGGGGAAAGCGCAGCGACAAAACAGUGGUUCCCGUGAACACAACCCCCCCUGCACACAACCCAAGGCCUGCAGGGUAUGUGAUGAUACUAGGCACUCAAAACAGUCUCAUUGCAUGGGAGAGCAUCUGUGCUUCCUCUGUUUCACUCCUGGUCACACGAGACAUGCAUGCCCUAGGCUUUUGUCACAGUCCAGUCUGGCUGAGGGAAAUUAGCCGACCUGUAUUUUGAGGGAGGCAAUACAGGUCAAGGUGAAGAUACUCCCAAUGCCGAAGCUAUAUACAUGUCAGCCAAAGACUCUAGUGACAUGACUGGAGAUGUUUUGUACCAGUGCACACUUGUGAUAGGAAGAAGCGACAUCCUUUUCUACACGCAUGUGAUUGCUGGUAACAAAGUGACUAGGCGCUAUGCUUGACAGUGGCUCAAUGGCGUGCACAAUGAGUGAGAUGGCAGAGCUGAAGUUGAUAGAAGCUGGGGUAGUUGAUGUGAAAAAACUGUUAAACUCAGAUGCCAUGCUUGUUGGCUGUGGAGGAGGCCUAAGUCUGCAUUCAACAGAAACAUGGAAGUCUAUGGAUGCAACUUUGAUUAAUACUGGGAACCAACGUGAUCAAGCACAUCCUUAGUGAAUCAAAACAAUGUGACAAUUAUUAGAAAGCAGUCUCGGCCCCUUGCAUCACAGAUGACAUGGAAUCUGAACAGUUUCUCGCCAUGUUCACUGGAAUGAACCGCUGGAGAGGUGACGACAUCCCUGACAAGAUAGGAACACUGAGAUGUAACUCAGCAUUUGCCUUGACCCUGGUCACGAGUAUCUGGUUUGGGGUAAGCUACCGAAAACCACUGUUGUGUCUCUUGGCAGUGCGGGCGGUGAUGACAGAACCUACUACGCCUCACUCAGCACCUUAGGAAUCAUGGUGGAAAGGAUUGUUAUGCCUCUGUGGGGAGGCAGAUGGGUCCCACUAAAGCUGAUCAACACGUCUGGCCGUCCUGUGUGUCUGAAGCGCAAUGUGAAGCUUGCAGACAUCUUCCCAUGUGUAGCAAUGGAGGAUAUACAAGACGCCGAACCAGAACUGAGUGUAGUCCACCUGGUCAACUGUCCUCAAGCCACGUCUGAGGCCGAUGUGACGGGCCACAUGAGAGCGACACGCUCCAUGGAAGAGAAGCUGAGACUGCAGGAGUGGAGUGCUUUGGACCUCAGCUCCUGGGAUGUGUCGGAGAAGUGCAAGAGUCAGCUGGCUGACCUAGUAGUGCGCUAUGAGAAUAUCUUCUCACGUCACCAUCUUGAUGGUGGAGAAGCUAAAGGAUUUGUUCACAGAUCACAAUUUCCAUUUCGAAGAGUGCCUCCAAGUCAAUACCAGAAGUUGCGCCAGGUCUUGAGCGAGAUGGAGGAAAAAGAGCUCAUCUGGAAAUCGACAAGUGAGUACGCAUCUCCCCUGGUGCUAGUCUGGAAGAAAAAUUGAGACCUUUGAACAAGAGGACCCUGGAGGAUGCACAUCCUCUCCCGCACCAGGUGGACUCCUUGGCUGCGCUCAGCGGCAAUGCUCUAUUCAGCACAAUGGAUCUCACCUCUGGGUUCUAUUACAUGCCACUGCACGAAGAUGACAGGAAGUAUUCCGACUUCACAAGGGGGCUCUUUGAAUACAACCGUCUACCUCAGGGUCUGUAACAGCCCUUGAAGCUUCAUGCGCAUGAUGACCAGUAUCUUCAGAGAUCAGAACUUCAUGAGUUUUCUGUGUUACUUGGAUGAUCUGUUGGUCUUUGGCCCAGAUGAGAAGAAAGCCUUUGAAUGCUUGGAGAUGGUCUUCAGCAGGCUUCGUGGUCACAACAUGAAGUUGGCCCCAGAGAAGUGCUUCUUUCUCAGGAAGUCUGUCAAGUUCCUUGUUCACAUAAUUUAUGAAAAUGGUGUUGCAGCGUCGAAAGUUGAGCGUUGCAGACUGGACACCCGAACAUGAGCAGGCCUUCGAAAAGUUGAAGAAAUCUCUAGUAGACACGUGGUGUUGGCACAUCCUGACUUCUCCCAUCCGUUCAUGUUGUCAACAGAUGCGUCCCUGGAUGACAUAGGUGCUGUCCUGUCACAGUUGCAAGACGGAGAAACGUGUGCCAGACCCAUUGCAUUUGCUAGCAAGUCUCAGUCUCAGAAGAACUACCCAGCUCAUCGGUUAGAGUUCCUGGCAAUGAAGUGGUCGAUCUGCGACAAGUUCAGUCACUGUUUGAAAGGUUGUGUCUUUACUGUUUGGACUGACAACAAUCCACUUACUCGCAUUAUGACCAAGCUGAGGCUGGACUGUUGCGAGCAGCGCUGAUUGGCCAAGUUAGCCAGUUAUGAUUUUGACAUCAAGUAUGUUCCUGGUCCUCAGAAUAUGGUUGCUGAAGCUGAGUCGAGUGCCCUUUUUCAAAGGUGUUGGCAAUAGACUGCUUCGUGAGCCCCACGAAAAACUCCUUAGUGACGUUCAAGCAGUGUCAAACUCUUCAGUCCAAGAUGUCUUCAGGUGGUCAAGUGAUCUCAAAGGCAUUCCCAAAUGUGUAAGCUAACAGAGAACUUCCACUUCUGUUUACAUGUGUUCUUAGUCCUUGGCAGUGGAGUAGGUGUCAGUCACAUGACAACUAGGAAACAGGAGCUAGAGCAUGUGCUGUGGAAAUGGUGCAUAAUUUACCUCAACUGAUACCUAUUGGUCAAGACACCUUACCUGCCUACUCUGAGAAGGAGCUCCGUGAUGAGCAACUCAACGAUGGGACCCUUUCUCGUGUUCUAUUCUAUGUGGAGAGAAAACGCAGGCCUUCUAGAAGGGAAAGAGCAAGAGAAACAGUUAGUCAUCAGAUACUUGAAGAGCUUGGAGAAGCUUGUUGUCAGUAAUGACAUACUGUACAGAGUCUCACAAGAUCAGAUAUCAAAGACAAAGCAGUUCUAGUACGUAGUUCCUGAGUCUCUCAAAGCAGAAGUCCUGAAGGGUGUUCAUGAUCACGCGGGUCAUCAGGGUCAGUUCAGAAGCCUCGGUUUAGCUAGACAGAGAUUCUUCUUGCUGCACCUUGACAGAGAUGUUAGGGAUUACCAACGUUGCAUCGUCAGCAAGACAGUUGAUCCUGAGGGCAGGGCUCCACUGGAAAGUAAUACGUUGACUAGGCCGCUACAACUGGUUUGUAUCGAUUUCUGGUCUGCUGAAGAUUCAAGCAACAAGUCCAUUAACUUGUUAACUAGUGUUAACAGAUCACUUUAAAAGAAUGGCUCAAGCGUUUCCCUGCAGAGAUCAAUCAGCUAAGCAGGGUGCAAGAAUCCUGUGGGACCGAUACUUCUGUGUGUAUGGAUUUCCUGAGAGAAUUCACAGUGACCAAGGAGCAAGUUUCAAGAGUCAGUUGAUCAGCGAGUUACUCAGAGUUUCUAGUGUGAGGAAGUUGCACAUGACACCGUAUCACCCAAUGGGAAAUGGCAGCGUGGAACGUUUCAAUCGGACGCUUGGCAACAUGAUCCGAGCUCUAGCACCGAACACUAAGUAAGACCGGCCAAGACACCUGCAGACAUUGACGUUCAUAUAUAAUUAUACCACUCAUGAGACGACAGGGUUCGCCCCCUUCUACCUGAUGUAUGGAAGGAUCCCUCGUCUGCCAGUAGACGUGCUUUCAGAAACACUUUGAAUGAUCCAGCUUUUACCAGUUAUGACAAGUAUGUGUGUCGCUCUCCAAGGAUCUGAAGGAUGCUAUGGUGAUAACACAGAAACAAAAGAACAGAACCCACAAACUUGAGAUUUACAACAGUGGCCCACCAUAGACGUCGGCAAUCGAGUACUUUUGGCAAACAAGAAAGAAAGCAGUAAGAGGAAAGUGGCAGACCGAUGGGAAUCGACAAUAUACACUGUGGCGGACAAUCUAGGCACUCACAGAUACAUAAUAUGUAAUGAAGUCACUGGACAGGAAAGAUUUGUCCAUCGGAACCUGAUCAUGUUGGUCAACUUCCUCCCAGUGGACGAGGAAAGUGCUGGGUCUGGCCCAACCUCAUCCAUGUCUGUUUACCUGAUUCCAAGUUCCGGUGCUCACAAUGUGAUGAUGGAUUCAGUAUCAGAUAUAAGACACGGUAAAAAUUCAUUAUCUGGAUUGAAGCAGGAUGUGUCUGUACAAGGUGUCAAGCAGGGAGAACCAGAUCAUGGAUAGGAAAGAGGAGAGUACAUGCCUGAGGGGGAGAGAAUACCUACCUGCUGAAGAGAGAGUGGAUUCCAUUUCUGAAAGAGAGAGAGAGAGGACUCCUUACCUGAUCCGGAGCUUGUGGACUCUAUAGGAAGAACUCGAAAUUGGAUAACACAGCUACGAAGUAGAAGAGAUGAGCAUGAGGAAUCUCCAGGUGUGACCUCAGAACCCCUGGUCUCUCAAGACUCAGAGAUUCAGAAGAGAUCCAGUGAGCAAUCACUCUCUUCUGUCGCCAUUGGACAGUCUGAACAGCCUAGGGACUCGCAGUUCACUGACACACUAGCGACUUACACUCACACUGAGAAUCCUAGUGCAGUUAUGCAAAUCAGGACCCAUGUUGGUCGAAUCAUCAGACAUGUCAACAGAUUGAUCUACUCUAUGUCUAGACAAGAUAUUCUAAGUGACACUAAGCUUAAUAUUCAAGCAGUUUGCAAGUCAUUGAUCCAAGCCUUCAGAGAUUAACCAAAACUAGAGUUGUAAUUUACACAUAAUCAUUCAAUGAAGAUCCCAAUUUCUAUUAUUUUACAUGGGCAUUGUAUUUUAUUGGUGAGGUCCAGUAGUACACAGUAGGUUGUGUGGGGUGUAGAAAGGCAUCCUACAGCCAGUAGUUGGUUUGAGAGUUUGGCCAAUUCUCAUUCCACUUCAUCCUUUUGGGAUACUUAAAAUCUUGUAAAUGGACCUUAUAUGUUGUGUAAUUUGAUGUAUGUGUGUGCUAAAGUUUGGUGGUUGCUGCUUAAGUUCUGCCAAAAUUCAGUGGGGGUGGGUGUAAUUGGGUUGAAAUGGACAUCCUUAGCGACCUGAUGAUCAUUAGCGAGUUGGGUAUUACUAACACAUGUCCAGAGUGCAUAAGAGGAGAUUACCGGGACUCAACGAUCAUGUAGAAUUUUACUGCGGUCAUGACUCAUGACUACUAGUGUGGUGGUAAUAUCCCAGGGCAAACUCUUCUACCACACUUGUCACCGCAGGUAUGCCAACUGCAUACCGGACUGGCUGAACUUUAGAGCGCUCAUCACUGCCGACUGACUCCAUUUAGAGAUCAAGGUUCUCAAGAGAGCAUGCAAACCUACUACUACUACUACUCUUGCAUGCAAAUUUCACGCCAUUGACGAGUGUCUCUCCGUGUGACUUUGGCUUAAGGAAUAAUUGUUCACUUCGCUAAUUGAAACUCCAAACCCCAGCAUGGUCUGCUUUGUCUGUUUCGCAAGUGUUCCCAGAAGUCUUGCGAUGUCGCGACUUUGGGUUUAGAAACUCUGUGCAUACGCAUUGUUUUAGUGACAUUGUCAACUAACCCAUCUAUCCAGGUGACCAUGAGUUGAGUAGGGUCUAUCUGCAGACAGCGUACUAUAUGCCGUGCCCAUUACAUGCUGCGCCCACUACGCAUCACUUACAAAAAAAGAUUGCCGUUUUGAAACUCCAGUAAAAGUGCAGUAACCGCAGUCGACUGUGGUAUUUUGGAUGCAGUAAUUGCAGAAUAACUGCAGUUGAACUGCAGUUAUAAUACAGUCUUAACUGCAGUUAUGUUGCAAAAUUACAGCAGUAAAAAAACAGUGUUAUUUUGGACGCAGUAUUUGCUGCAUACUGCAGUUUUACUGCAGUCUGCCUGCAAUUGUUUUUCAUAAGGGGCCCACAGCCAGAGGACACCGACACAAACUGUCCUAAGUCCCGCCAGCCGAGCACUGCUUUCUCGCAGUUAUAUUAACGGUAUGGUGAGGGUAAUCACUACCCGGUAGUGCCACGUGAGAGUUGGGUUGACUAUACUAGCUUCCCUUAACAUAAUAUUAAUAGCACUGCGGAAGAGAAGUGCUCGGCAGGCGGGGCGGUCGAAGGACAAUGUUUACCGGUAUCCCCUAGCCUAGCUAACUAGCAGCCGCCUCCUAUGGUGGGGGUUUUCGGCUACGUGAACAAUUGUGCUUGCCUUUUCCCUUAAAAGACCUUAGCUUGGAAAACAGCGGCAAUAUUACAGUUUGUCUAUUUUCAGAUACCGUAGCCUCAAAAUAGUCUGAAUUAUUCAAAGAUAACUCCAGAAAUCUGUCAUUAAUUUUGACAUUUUGCAGAGGAGAUGUAGUUGCUCAAUUAUACAUCUAACUAAUAUGUUUGGUGCAGUAUUUCUCUAUGAAAAAAUUUGCAUGAAAGUGAGUUGUCUCUCGUUGAAUAACAAACUUUAUUGAAGAAUCCCUACUGUUGACCAAUCAUCGACGAAGGGGCGUAGACUUCAGCUACCUACUUUGGCUUGCCUCCCAAUAAAUGUGUGCCGAACAGCCCAAAAAAACCUUACCUAUCUCUAAAAUGAAGUUCUUCACAAAAUGAUUUCAUAACAUAUGCAAGAACUUUCGAACCGUUUCUGCUGGAAAUCAUACGGAUGCCUUAAGGCGGAGUUAAUACAAGUCUUGGCUACCGGGUGGAGUAGUGACGAGAAAAUGGCGGAGUGAGUGGGUUGUGAGUUGCUAGGUAUGUUAUUGAUCUAGGGUCGGGAAGCAUGGAGAGGCCAGAGAUAGCCAGACUUGUAAUUUGGGCCAGGGAACGGAAUUUGGGUUCUGGAAAAAAAGCCAUCACUGUGUGCUCUGGAAGCAAUACAGCGGAUGAAGGCACGUUAAGAGUGUGGUGAAUGGAUGUGGUUAUGGACAGCAAGGAAGAAGGAGAAGAGCUGACUUCAGAGGGAAGAUGUGUUGAGGAAGAAUGGUGCCAAGUACAAACCAUAUUCUGCUGUCUCUGAUGGCUCAGAAAGUGAACCUGACAAUAGUGAGGAUGAAUUACCUGUGGUGGCAGGUGUGGUCGAAGACCUCAGAAUCCGAGCCUUGCCCUGAUGGUCAUGCAAAGGAUGAUUUGGGCCUAGUGGGAGUGACAUUUUUGGAGAAAGUGGAUCACUGCCUGGCUGAUCCAUAUGUGCUCUCAGGCUGGAUAAAAACGAAGUUGGGUACUGUUCAAGGUAGCUUGAAGAGGACUUCCAUUUAGAGGGAAUGGGUGCUUUGUGUCACGCGAUUAGGGACAAGACCUGUGACUUGUUCUCCGGAGCAGGGAGCCUUUGAAAGUAGUGAUUACUAGAGUGGCGUUAAGUAUUGAGGUGGAGCAACUGAAAUGUAAAAUUCUCUUGUCCUUGAUGCCCGCUAUUUAGAGAGAUGCAAACCUGGUGGCGAGCGUUGUGAAACUGAGAAGACAUCGUCUGUCUGUUAAAACGGCCAGCUCAUCUCCUUUCCAAGACCCCAACUUUCUUUUGGAUUUCCUAUUGUAAUAAGGUCACGCCAAUCAUCAUAAUUUUAUUAGCCAAUAAGGAGCCUUCUUUCCCAGGACUUAGGGUAAUACCCGACCAGGCAGGGCCUCAGGCAGUGUAUAGUUUCCAUUAAGAUGAUGAACCUGUUUUUCCUCCUGCUUAUUUUACCUCCCUUAGAAGAAAUUGCCUUUCUUGCUGAUGUUAUUGUGCGUGCAGCUAAAUGUAAGUGCCAAAAUCCUGAUGUCUUGUUGUUUGGAGCUAAAUAGUGUCUGUUGUAAAUAUGUACUAUUUGUGUUAAAAUUGCUAGCUUGCUUACUCCUGCUAGCGUUAGCACUAGCAUUGUCAUCCAGAAUGCAUUACUAUUUAGCAUGCUUAUUAGUGAUUAGCAUGUGUUAGCAUUUGUCUGUGGUGUUAGGCUAUUUUCGGCUGUAGAUCGUUCAUGCUUGUUAUGUUUUAAAAUGUGUAGAUAUUUCUACAUUGCUCUAUUGUUCCUUGUGCAUCUGGCGUGUUUUUGGGUCCACAUAGCCUGUUUAGUUGUUGACAUGCAAAUAGUCAUAUAUUUUCCCAUGCUGUGCCAUAGCCUAAGUUCUCCUCUUUUCUUUACAGAACCAAUACACCAUGACAGCGCAAUACACAAGGGGUGGAACAGUGGCAAAGGGGUGUAACACAUACAACAGAUACUACACCAGAAGUGCAAGAAUGAGGUUCUGCGGUGCCAGUGCGAAAAGCUCAUUGAUGCCAGACGUCAGAAGAUGCUCGAGACGCAGCGCCGUUCUACAUGAGCUUCCACAUUAGCCCCGGUCUAGGAUCUGACCCCGGCUGUGGGGUCUCUCACAGCGGUGCCACAGCUUUCUCCAGGACCAGAGGAGCUACCAGAGCUCACACUGGCGGAGCACCCUACCACCAUGCUCCAUCCGACCCCAGCCGUGUAGAUCCAGCCUGUUCCAACAAUGGAGCGCAAGUUAGUAGUGGGGCCUACUACACCGGCUCCUGCCAUGGAGCUUCAGCCACAGCUGUGCUUCAACCAGCUCCUGUUACAGAAUUUCAACUAGUGCCACAGAUGUGCCAUCUCCAGUGACAGAGGUUCUGCCGACCUCUGUUCUGGAACCAAAAUGUAUCCUUACCUCCCUGCCUAUUUGCGAGCAGGAAGACCUACAGCCUUCUUCGGGGACGGUGGAGAUACCAGAGUUCACCCUGAGGGAGAACCAUUCUCCUGCUCCAGCUGACACCUCUGAAUGUCAGUUGGUCCACAAUGCGGGAGCAGUGUCUGUAGCUGCUGAAGGCACCAUGUCCAGCCCUGACACUCAGACCUCUCCGGUCCCUGUCUGGUGGGAUCUGCCUACUCUUACCUUCAACGUCCAGCCUACUGCUGUCCAAAGACAUCUCCCUGCUCCUCCCUGGGAGCCCCCUCCAGUCUCAGCUGCAGUGGCUUGAUCCAUGUCUACUGUCCAGGCACCGUCAGUCCCAUCCUGGUGGAACCUGCCGGUCAGAGCCCUGGGGUUCUUGAUAGCCCCUCCAAGCUGUCUUUGGGAACCCUCCUGAUGGCCCCGUGGGGGACCCUCCUGACGGCCCCGUGGGUGACCCUCCUGACUAAGGUGUUCAGUGUCCUGUUGUAGGAGACACCUCACCUUCUGCCCUACUUGGUCCUCAGUCUAUAGCCCCAGUAGGUCCAGAGUAUCUUAGCCAUGAGUUCCCUGAUUCCCUAGUGGCUACACAGUUUCUUGCUAUGCUGGAUCCACAGUUUCCUAUUCUAGUAGGCCCGGAGCUUUGUGUCUUGAUAGAUCUAACAUCCCCUAGCUCACAGUCUGUAGCCCAGUCAGGCCCUGUCUGUAGCCCAGUCAGGCCCUGUCACUAGCUCUGUCAGGCACAAGUCAACAGCUCUGGACACUCAGUUAGGUUCUCCUGGACCCAGGGUCCAGCUCUCUCCCAACUUUGGGUAUUUUUCUCCCUCUCUUUUAGGUGUGCAGCUAUCUACUGUCCUGAGAUCUUCACCUGUUGCUGCUGUGGGGAUCCAGCUGAUCUCAUCUCCGGUCCCAGAGCCCUCUCUUUUCGCUGAAGCGGUGGUCCAGCCGUCUACUGUCCUGAGAUCUCUGCCCAUCGCUGCUGUGGAGAUCCAGCUGACCACAACUCCUGUGCCUGGGGCCUCUCCUGUCGUCGAUGGGGUGGCCUCACCAUCUGCAGUCCGGAGACCCUCAUCAAGCGCUGCUGCUGCGAACCUGUGGUCUCUAGUCCUGAGAGCUUUGUCGAGACCUGCGGCCGAACCUCCACCGUCUACCAUGCUGAGACCAUCACAGAGCUCUGCUGCUGUGGCCCAACUUCCUGAUCAGGGGUCUUCACCUGGUCCCUCUGCCUGGGUCCGGCCUGUCCGGUGGCCACCGCCCAUUGCUGCUUUGUGGCUCCAGCAGCCUAAGUAUCCAGUCCCAGGGUCCUCUGUGAUCUCUGCUGCUGCAGCCCUGCGAUCUCCAGUCCUGAGACCCUCUUUGAGCUCUGCCGCUAUGGCCCUGCUGUCUCCAGUCCUGGUGUCCUCAGGUGGCACCUUUCCAGGGGUCAAUACCACUCCUGCUCCUCCCCUGGGGAUCUUACAAGCCCUCACUUUUGAGGUGCUCCUGUUGCCUGUUCCUGGGCAAAGCGGGCAGUCAUCACUGGAUCCACCACCGCAUCAUGUUGGCUCCCCUCUUCCAGAACUGCUUCACAGCCUGCACUGGCCCCCACAGUAUUAUUCGCCCUGGUCUGGUGACCUCAAGCUCCUUUGUGACGGGGCAGCCAAGUGCACCAAAAGACAGGCUUUCUGUUGGACAAGUCACCCAUCUGAUCUACAUUUUGCCUUUCUGGAUGACCACAGUAUUCACAUCAUUCCUCUCAGUGACUGUCUGCCCUUGCUGCCCUUUGAUGUUGAUUUGUAAUAUGUACAACACAUUUGUGGGCGGCUGUUAAAACGGCCAGCUCAUCUCCUUUCCAAGACCCCAACUUUCUUUUGGAUUUCCUAUUGGAAUAAGGUCACACCAAUCAUCAUAAUUUUAUUAGCCAAUAAGCAGCCUUCUUUCCCAGGACUUGGGGUAAUACCCGACCAGGCAGGACCUCAGGCAGUGUAUAGUUUCCAUUAAGAUGAUGAACCUGUUUUUCCUCCUGCUUAUUUUACCUCCCUUAGAAGAAAUUGCUUUUCUUGCUGAUGUUAUUGUGCGUGCAGCUAAAUGUAAGUGCCAAAAUCCUGAUAUCUUGUUGUUUGGAGCUAAAUAGUGUCUGUUAUAAAUAUGUACUAUUUGUGUUAAACUUGCUAGCUAGCUAGCUAGCUAGCUAGCUUGCGUACUCCUGCUAGCGUUAGCAUUAGCAUUGUCAUCCAGAAUGCAUUACUAUUUAACAUGCUUAUUAGCGAUUAGCAUGUGUUAGUAUUUGUCUGUGGUGCUAGGCUAUUUUCAGAUGUAGAUCGCUCAUGCUUGUUAUGUUUUAAAAUGUGUAGAUAUUUCUACAUUGCUCUAUUGUUCUUUGUGCAUCUGGCGUGUUUUUGGGUCCACAUAGCCUGUUUAGUUGUUGACAUUCAAAUCAAAUGUAUUUAUAUAGCCCUUCGUACAUCAGCUGAUAUCUCAAAGUGCUGUACAGAAACCCAGCCUAAAACAGCAAGCAAUGCAGGUGUAGAAGCACGGUGGCUAGGAAAAACUCCCUAGAAAGGCCAAAACCUAGGAAGAAACCUAGAGAGGAACCAGGCUAUGAGGGGUGGCCAGUCCUCUUCUGGCUGUGCCGGGUGGAGAUUAUAACAGAACAUGGCCAAGAUGUUCAAAUGUUCAUAAAUGACCAGCAUGGUCAAAUAAUAAUAAUCACGGUAGUUGUCGAGGGUACAGCACCUCAGGAGUAAAUGUCAGUUGGCUUUUCAUUUCCGAUCAUUAAGAGUAUCUCUACCGCUCCUGCGGUCUCUAGAGAGUUGAAAACAGCAGGUCUGGGACAUGUAGCACGUCCGGUGAACAUGUCCGGGUUCCAUAGCCGCAGGCAGAACAGUUGAAACUGGAGCAGCAGCACGGCCAGGUGGACUGGGGACAGCAAGGAGUCAUUAUGUCAGGUCGUCCUGAGGCAUGGUCCUAGGGCACAGGUCCUCCGAGAGAGAGAAAGAAAGAGAGAAUUAGAGAGAGCAUACUUAAAUUCACACAGGACACCGGAUAAGACAGAAGUACUCCAGAUAUAACAAACUGACCCUAGCCCCCGACACAUAAACUACUGCAGCAUAAAUACUGGAGGCUGAGACAGGAGGGGUCAGGAGACACUGUGGCCCCAUCCGAUGAUACCCCCAGACAGGGCCAAACAGGAAGGAUAUAACCCCACCCACUUUGCCAAGGCACAGCCCCCACACCACUGGAGGGAUAUCUUCAACCACCAACUUACCAUCCGGAGACAAGGCCGAGUAUAGCCCACAAAGAUCUCCGCCACGACACAACCCAAGGGGGGGCGCUAACCCAGACAGGAAGAUCACGUCAGUGACUCAACCCACUCAAGUGACGCACCCCUCCUAGGGACGGCAUGAAAGAGCACCAGUAAGCCAGUGACUCGGCCCCUGUAAUAGGGUUAGAGGCAGAGAAUCCCAGUGGAGAGAGGGGAACUGGCCAGGCAGAGACAGCAAGGGCGGUUCGUUGCUCCAGAGCCUUUCCGUUCACCUUCACACUCCUGGGCCAGACUACACUAGGACCUACUGAAGAGAUGAGUCUUCAAUAAAGAAUUAAAGGUUGAGACCGAGUCUGCGUCUCUCACAUGGGUAGGCAGACCAUUACAUAAAAAUGGAGAUCUAUAGGAGAAAGCCCUGCCUCCAGCUGUUUGCUUAGAAAUUCUAGGGACAAUUAGGAGGCCUGCGUCUUGUGACCGUAGCGUACGUGUAGGUAUGUACGGCAGGACCAACUCGGAAAGAUAGGUAGGAGCAAGCCCAUGUAACGCUUUGUAAGUUAACAGUAAAACCUUGAAAUCAACCCUUGCCUUAACAGGAAGCCAGUGUAGGGAGGCUAGCACUGGAGUAAUAUGAUCAAAUAUUUUGGUUCUAGUCAGGAUUCUAGCAGCCGUAUUUAGCACUAACUGAAGUUUAUUUAGUGCUUUAUCCGGGUAGCCGGAAAGUAGAGCAUUGCAGUAGUCUAACCUAGAAGUAACAAAAGCAUGGAUUAAUUUUUCUGCAUCAUUUUUGGACAGAAAAUUUCAGAUUUUUGCAAUGUUACGUAGAUGGAAAAAAAGCUGUCCUUGAAACAGUCUUGAUAUGUUCGUCAAAAGAGAGAUCAGGGUCCAGAGUAACGCCGAGGUCCUUCACAGCUUUAUUUGAGACGACUUUCCAACCAUCAAGAUGAAUUGUCAGCUUUAACAGAAGAUCUCUUUGUUUCUUGGGACCUAGAACAAGCAUCUCUGUUUUGUCCGAGUUUAAAAGUAGAAAGUUUUCAGCCAUCCACUUCCUUAUGUCUGAAACACAGGCUUCUAGCGAGGGCAAUUUUGGGGCUUCACCAUGUUUCAUUGAAAUGUACAGCUGUGUGUCAUCCGCAUAGCAGUAAAAGUUAACAUUAUGUUUUCGAAUGACAUCCCCAAGAGAUAAAAUAUAUAGUGAAAACAAUAGUGGUCAAUAGUGGUCCUAAAACGGAACCUUGAGGAACACCGAAAUGUACGGCAAGACGGAGCUGCUCUUCCUCCCGGGGAAGGACUGCCCGUUCCAUGAUCUCGCCAUCACGGUUGACAACUCCAUUGUGUCCUCCUCCCAGAGCGCUAAGAACCUUGGCGUGAUCCUGGACAACACCCUGUCGUUCUCAACUAACAUCAAGGUGGUGGCCCGUUCCUGUAGGUUCAUGCUCUACAACAUCCGCAGAGUACGACCCUGCCUCACACAGGAAGCGGCGCAGGUCCUAAUCCAGGCACUUGUCAUCUCCCGUCUGGAUUACUGCAACUCGCUGUUGGCUGGGCUCCCUGCCUGUGCCAUUAAACCACUACAACUCAUCCAGAACGCCGCAGCCCGUCUGGUGUUCAACCUUCCCAAGUUCUCUCACGUCACCCCGCUCCUCCGCUCUCUCCACUGGCUUCCAGUUGAAGCUCGCAUCCGCUACAAGACCAUGGUGCUUGCCUACGGAUCUGUGAGGGGAACGGCACCUCAGUACCUUCAGGCUCUGAUCAGGCCCUACACCCAAACAAGGGCACUGCGUUCAUCCACCUCUGGCCUGCUCGCCUCCCUACCACUGAGGAAGUACAGUUCCCGCUCAGCCCAGUCAAAACUGUUCGCUGCUCUGGCACCCCAAUGGUGGAACAAACUCCCUCACGACGCCAGGACAGCGGAGUCAAUCACCACCUUCCGGAGACACCUGAAACCCCACCUCUUCAAGGAAUACCUAGGAUAGGAUAAAGCAAUCCUUCUGACCCCCCCCCCCCCCCCCCCCCCCCUUAAAAGAUUUAGAUGCACUAUUGUAAAGUGGCUGUUCCACUGGAUGUCAUAAGGCGAAUGCACCAAUUUGUAAGUCGCUCUGGAUAAGAGCGUCUGCUAAAUGACUUAAAUGUAAUGUAAAUGUACAGAUGAUUUGUCAGAGGACAAACCAUUCACAGAGACAAACUGAUAUCUUUCCGACAGAUAAGAUCUAAACCAGGCCAGAACUUGUCCGUGUAGACCAAUUUGGGUUUCCAAUCUCUCCAAAAGAAUGUGGUGAAAUAGGCACAUAUUUUCCAUGCUGUGCCAUAGCCUAAGUUCUCCUCUUUUCAUUACAGAACCACAAUUAGUAUCAGAGAGAGAGUGGUGUUGUAUGUGUGUGUGUGGAUCUUCAUUAAAUCCUUGAACUGGAACAACUGCUUCCUCGUGUUCUGAACGGACACCUUGUGGUGGUUGCUACCGGCGUAAAAUCCAGCACCUACGUUUUUUCUAUCCUUUUUUAUUGGUCCUUCGAAUUCAUAAACAACCCAUAUUUUACACUGUCCUUUUGAGUUUUGAAGGAGUCUUUACCAGAUAAAGUCAUGUUAGGAUAUGUCAGUUAUCCAGUGAGAGCAUUUGUGCCGAACCCACUAAGAUUUUCAGAUGCCUAGUUUAUGGUAAUGUUGCAGAAGUGUGUAGGAGGGAGAUUCCGAGAUGUGUGCAGGAGGGCAUGGGACAAAGGAAUGUGUAGUAUUGGUGGAAAAACUGUGUGUCAAUUGUGGGGGUGUCCUGUGCGAGAGGUUGAGAUUGCCAGGGUCUGAGGCAGUGACGAGAGUAGAGGAUGAUGGGUCAAGGGUGAGUUGUAGGCCUAGGCCAAUACAGAUUGUUACAAAUUUGUGCUUAAGUAAGAUUCUUACUUUUGCAUUCAUUGCAAUGGUCUGUACUGCAGAAAUGUAACGUAAAUCAUAGAAAAUAGAUGUUGUGGUGGCAGCUGCAGAGAAGUACUUGGGCAUAUCGGAAGUUUUACUGCAGAAGAGUUACAAUGUGUGUUGAACGAAAGACUCCCCUCCUCCCAGGCUGUCAGCCUGGUGUAAAAUCAGUUAGGGGGAAAGUAGUGGAAUGGGGUAGUGAUUAUUUUAUUUAUUAAAUAGUGACAUAUAUGUGUAUGGUUAGUUGGUGGCGCAAGUUUGACCUUUUUGCGUCACAAAAUGUAAGGUGAUUCAAUACACACUACCGCACAGUAGGUGGCAGCAUGCAUUAACAAAAUGUGCGAACGCCAUUAUACCAAAGAAGAAGUAGAAGAAGUAGUCUUGGCCAACUCCCCUUUGUUGGGUGCUGCGCCAUUUCGUGCAGGGUUAAAAACAGCUUAUUUUAUCCGCAAGAAGACGAUCGUAGUACUAGCACUAGUGACCGAUUUAGCUGAAAUAUAAGCCAUUUAAAUCUUUAAGCUCCCGGUGAGUAUUUUUAUUCAAGGGUGUUUUAUUUUUUUUCCUCUGACUUUGCAGUAUCUUUGGAGUUUUCUUUUUUAACGCUAUGUAUUUUUCUAUUUGCGCGAGCGGCUAGCUAACUCGUUAUGGUUCAAUUUCUUAAAGCUAGGUAGAUGGCAAGUUGGCCCAACAACAUCCUAGCUAGCAGGAUCCCAUUAUUUUUUUAUACAGUUUUUGCCAGCUUUUGUUGUCUUGCAAACUGAGUUGUAUAAGCCAAGCUUUUUAAGACAAUAACUGCGAAGACGGCUUUCUUUGUGGACGAUGACUACAAAACGGCUGCAGUUCAAUGUGUUAACUUUGCUGGUUGGCUAGCAUGUAAGCUAACCUUGUGGAUUGUAUCUCUAGCGUGCUAACCUUGUUGAAUUUUUUCAAUUUUGGCCGUUUUUUGUUAUCUAUAUUCCGUGUUGCACAUACAUUUUGGCUUGUGGUGUUUUUAUUUUUGUGAUUAGCUGGUUUUGGAGUCCGACUGGGACAGGAACGCUAUUUUUGCGGGAAUGUUUUUUUCUGCAAGAUGUUGGUUGUCCAUUGUUUUUCACGACAUUACGUUAGCGAAUAGAUUAACGUUAUUUUAGGUUCAUAACCGUAGAAUUAAUGUGACCGACGACACAAGGACAUUUGCUAUUUUUGUUACACUAAUUAAAGGUUACUUUAUGAA